AUCUCAAUUUCACAAGCUCAAAGAUAAGAAUCGUGCACGGACCAUCUGGUCGAAUCCGGCCAGAUCAAGUGCCGAUCGUCGCGUCGCGUCAAACAAUUCCCUCGACCGCGAACAAAGAAACUCAUCCCCCACCUUCAUCCUGACACGGACCAGUCAAGAAACAUGUCUCAAGUUCGCAAACGCCGGGCAACCAACGCCGAUCCCUCCUCAUCUCGACGCCAACGUCCACGCAGCGCCUCCGCCUCCCCAGCCGCAGACAUGUCCGACAGCGAAGCCGAGCACGGCGCGCCAUCCAGCCUAGAUGCCAUGGUGAAGAAGAUGGUGCGACUCGCGCUGGCAAGCGAGUACUCGCGCCUGCCCAUCCGGCGCACUGAUAUCAGCGCCAAAGUAUUGGGAGAACAAGGUUCGAGGCAGUUCAAGACGGUAUUCGAGACGGCGCAGCAGCAUCUGCGAAGUAAAUUUGGGAUGGAGAUGGUGGAGUUGCCGGCUAGGGAGAAGGUGACUGUUUUGCAGCGGCGGGCCGCCCAGAAAACCGAAAAACCAUCCGCCAGCACCAAAUCCUGGAUCCUCACCAGCACCUUACCCGCCGCAUACCGCACACCCGCCAUCAUCCCGCCCACACGAGCCCCCUCCACCACCACCGAAAGUACCUAUACCGCACUAUACAGUUUUAUCAUCGCCGUCAUCUUACUGAACGGCGGAAGCCUAGGCGAGCAGAAGCUGAGCCGAUAUCUGCGUCGCAUGAACGCGGAGGACUAUACGCCCAUUGACAAGACGGAUAAAUUGCUCGCGCGACUGUGUCGUGAGGGGUAUCUCGUGCGGACGAGGGAGAUGGACGGUGGAGAGGAAGUCAUUGAGUUUAUGGUUGGACCGAGGGGAAAGGUUGAGGUUGGAAGUUCGGGGGUAGCGGGUCUUGUGCGGGAGGUUUAUGGGCGUGGACGAGAUUCCGGUGCAAAUGGGGAGGAUGAUUCUACACAAAUCGAUCGUGAGAUGAGGGCCGAUUUUGAAGCGAGACUGAGACGGAGUUUGGGUAUUGUUGGUGUACAGGAGGAGGAGGAGGGAGGAGAAGACGAUGAGCGACGAGAGGAGCUGCGGGUGGCUAAUCGCCAUGGUGCUGGGGAUGCAGCGAGAACAGCGGCACCAAUUCAAGAACCCAGACGGUCUUCGAGGAGGGCUACUACUGCACACGAGUCGGAGGAGGAGGAUGAAUCUAGCGGGGCAUCUGGGACGGACUCGGUGAAAGAUGAGAGUGAGGAGGAGAGUGAUUGAUUUUGUGCUUGAUCAAGGCGAAUAUGUGUUGUUGAUUGAUACCCAGAGAUUGAAUCUUUUUUCCUUCAAAGUGUUCUAGGCUACUUGUAGUUGAAGUGCAGGUUAUAUACUAG